AUGGCUGGUCUAGUUGCAAUGAUUGCUGUCAUGAUCGUUGUGGCCAUCGAGAUGUUCUUCGCUUUGAGAGGCGCGAAACAUGUACACGGGAGUGAAUAUGACACUCUAAUUGAAGGGACAGGAUCACACCACCAUGAGACUGCCUCCAUGUCACUGGCAAAUGGCGAUAGCGACGGGGGUAUACGCUUAGGGAAAUCCCGCGUCAGGCAUCAUUCGCACAAAGAUUCUCCCUCCCACACACUCCCUCCAUCGCCGCAGGGUUUUGCUUUGGUGGAAGGGAGCAACGCGCCAAUGCUCCCCAAAACUCCGGGCGGCGAACCGCAAGCUGGAGACGACGAAGACCUUGACCUUGAAGAACUAGAUCCAUUUCCAGACACAUCAUCCAGCUACGACGAGUCCCGCACCCACCUCAACCCCGGCCACGACCACCUAUCAAGAUCUCGAACCAUGAGCACUCACGCAGCGCAAAAGCAGCUCCUGCAAUGCCUGCUCCUUGAGGCUGGCAUCCUUUUCCACAGCAUCUUUAUCGGCAUGGCCCUUAGCGUGACCACAGGCACCUCCUUUCUCGUCUUUCUCGUCGCCAUCACCUUCCACCAAACCUUCGAAGGUUUCGCACUGGGCGGGCGCAUCGCGUCUCUAAUUCCUUCCUUGUUCCCCGCAUCUUCCCCCAAACCAUGGCUUAUGGCGUUAGCCUACGGUGCCACCACGCCCAUCGGACAGGCAAUCGGCCUGGGUCUACAUAACCUGUACGAUCCGGCCAGCACUGCUGGGCUGCUGAUGGUAGGGAUGACGAAUGCGUUCAGUAGUGGGCUGCUGCUGUUUGCGGGGCUGGUGGAAUUGUUGGCAGAGGAUCUUUUGAGUGAUAGGAGUUAUGAGACUUUGAAGGGGAGGAGUCGGAUUGAGGCGUGCUUUGCAGCUGCUGGUGGGGCGCUGCUCAUGGCUCUUGUUGGGGCCUUUGCUUGA